AUGGCGCGGUACAUGCUUUUCGCAGCGUUGAUGCUUCCUGCAUCCUUGGCUGCUCCUCAGCAAGUUACACCGGGACUUUUCUCAUCCUAUGUAUCUCUGUCAAUUGAGUUGAUUGGAUUUCCCUCAUGGGCUGGAACAAAAGCUAGCAGGAAUGAAUUCUCAAACAACCUCAUCAACAACCUUGUCGAAGCUCAAGGAGCACCCAUGGUUGUGCGUGUAGGCGGCAACUCAGCUGACCGUGCCAUCUACGACUCAACUCUGAAGACACCAACAGCCAGCUCCUGUAAAAACGCCGACCCAGGCGCAUGGCAGUGCAUCGGCACAUCUUUCUUCGACUCGUACGGCGCGUUCCCCAAAGGAACCCUUUACUCCCACAACUUCAACCUUGCCACCUGGAAUUCGUCUGGUUUCGCUACCCUCCAGGCGACUGUCCCGUUGGCCUGCAAAGCACUCCAAGGGCAACUUGAAAUCUUUGAAGUCGGCAACGAGCCAGACUUGUUCACUGGAAACCGCCGACCGUCAGAUUACUCAGUUUCCCAGUAUGUAUCCGAGUGGAAGAAUGAAACCGCUCGGUUCGAAAGCUUUCUCCGCCAGGCAUGCCCGGAUAUGGCCAAGAAUGUAAAGUACAUGUUCCCAUCUGUCUCUUCUCCAGGUGCCAAACUCCACGGACCAGAUAUCUUCAAGGCACUAGGCACAGCAGAUUCGAAGAAGAUUUCUCAAAUUUCCGUCCACAACUACAUGGGAGGUGCGACACAGCCUGGUGUCACACUGCAAGGAACACUGAUGAACCACACUGCCGUUGUAAAAUCCAUAACCUCGCACGUCAACUACGCCAAGUCUGUCAGCUCCGUCAACGCAGACUACGUCAUUGGCGAGCACAACAGCCUUUACGGAGGUGGAGCGGCCGGUCUCUCGGAUACCUUUGGUGCGGCGCUUUGGGCGAUGGAGUUUUCGCUGUACGCUGCGUCAACGGGCGUUAUUAAGCGCGUGCACUUUCACCAGUCGAUUGGGUCACCGUACGCUGCGUGGUCGCCUGUCAAUCCUGCUCGUACCAAUGCGCCUUAUUAUGGCAAACUUGCUGCGGCGACCUUCCUGGCUGACUCGAAGAGCAUCAAAGUCCAGGUUAUAGCCGUUGACGGGAACAAGGACACUGAUGUAGCAUAUGGGGCUUAUGUAAAUGGGGACUUGAAGAGAAUUGCGGUGCUCAAUCUGAAGCAGUACGAUCAGGGGACGAGGGGUCAAAAGAAGCACAGCAUCAAGGUAAAAGCUGGGUCGACUUGGGUAGCGAAGAGGCUAACAGCAGAUGGAGCCAAGUUGACCACGGGAGCUACAUUCAACGGGUUCAAAUACGAGGCUGACUCUGUUGGAAAAGCCGCCAAGGUUAACGGAAAGACCACUGAUGAAGUUGUCAAGGCAGAUGGGAAGGGAAACCUGGCUAUCACUGUUAAAGAUUCAGAGGCCGUUGUCCUGGUGAGGAAGUAA